AUGAUAGCGCGCCAAACGACUUCGCAGGUGGACGUAAGAGGCUCGUCUGAAACCUGAGUGGUAUAUACUGUGAACGGCCCCCGGUCGCUGUCAAGAUGGGCUUGCUGGAGCGCUGUCAGGAGCUCUUUAGCACCUCCAGUCUGUACGAGGUUCUCGGCAUCACCAAGGCGUCGACGGAGGCAGAAAUCCGGCGGAGCUACUACAAAGUAUCGCUGAAAGUCCAUCCGGACCGAGCUCCCGACGACUCGCUGGCUACAGAGAAAUUCCAGGUGUUGGGUAAGCUGUACGCUGUGCUGAGCGAUAAGGAGCAGAGGGCUGUUUAUGAUGAGCAGGGUGUGGUCGACGAAGAGUCGGACAUCCUGAGUCAAGAUCGCUGCUGGGAAGACUACUGGAGGCUGCUGUUCCCAAAGAUUACAGUGCAGGACAUCCUGGAAUUUGAGCAGAAGUACAAGGGUUCUGAAGAGGAGCGGAAGGACUUGAUCCAGCUGUAUGUGCAGCACCAGGGCGACAUGGACGCCAUCACGUCUUCAGCCUUGUGCUGCUCCCAGGAAGAUGAGCCAAGACUCUGUGACAUCAUAAAGGAAGCCAUCAAGAGUGGAGAAGUCACCGCGUUUCCUGCCUUCACACAGGAGAACGAAAAGAAGAAGCGAGCUCGUAGAAAGCGGGCUGAUAGAGAGAGACGAGAAGCAGAAGAGCUGCAGAAGAAGAUGAGACUCGGUGAUCAGGACGACAGUCUUGUGAAAAUGCUCAAGCAAAAACAAGCAUCCAGAGAGCAGAACUUUAACAGUUUCCUGUCUGACCUUGAAGCAAAAUACUCCAAAACAAGUGGAAAAUCCAAAAAAGGACAAGAGGGAAAAAAGUGAAGUGUGACAUUACUACAGUGUUAAGUUGUGUAAAUAUUCGACUUCUGUUCAUUAAUAAAAAAAUAAA